AUUAGCUUUGACGUUUUACGUUAUUUAUCGUGACAAAAUUCGAAUAACAGAGUUAUCUUUGGAAUAUUGAAAUCAAUCGUAUUUAUAGGCAACAGCAUUUGCAGAGUCAACAACAAAAUUGUCUCAUAAAACAGAUUUAUUUUUGUUCAAUUUGGAAAAAAGAAAAUGCUUCGUGGCAUAAAUAAUGUUCUGUUUAGUGGUCGUUUCCAAACGUCGCCACAAUUGCAAAAGCGUAAUGAGCACAAGAUUCCCGAGAAACUGCAAAAGGUUGCCACGGAUAAGGACCCUGAGCUCUCGGCAAUGGUUAUGUACUACUAUCAUAAGGCCGCCCAGAUCAUGGAAAAAGAGUUGGUCAAAGAGAUGGAUCAGUAUCCACAUUUGAAGCCAGAGGAGAAGCAGGCUCGCGUGAGUGCCAUUUUAAAUUUAAUAGGAAACGUGAACACAACGUUGGAAGUGAACUUUCCUAUUGCACGAAAUGAUGGCACAUAUGAGAUUAUAACUGGCUAUCGAGCACAUCAUGUACGAAAUCGGUUGCCCCUAAAGGGUGGAAUUCGCUUCGCCAUGGAUGUGGAUGAGGCAGAGGUGAAGGCAUUAGCAGCUAUUAUGACAUUCAAGUGCGCCUGUGUUAAUCUCCCCUAUGGUGGGUCCAAAGGCGGCAUUCGGAUCGAUCCCAAAAAGUACUCGGUUAUGGAAUUACAAACGAUUACACGGCGCUAUACCAUGGAGUUGCUAAAGCGCAACAUGAUUGGGCCUGGUAUCGAUGUACCAGCCCCAGAUGUGAACACGAGUCCCCGAGAGAUGAGCUGGCUAUUGGAUCAGUAUACCAAGACGUUUGGCUACAAGGACAUCAAUGCGGCGGCGAUUGUCACAGGGAAGCCUGUCCACAUCGGCGGCAUUAAUGGAAGAUUUCAGGCCACAGGCCGUGGUGUGUGGAAGACGGGAGAUUUGUUUUUGCAAGAUAAAGAAUGGAUGGAUCUAAUUGGAUUUAAGACUGGCUGGAAAGAUAAGAGGGUCAUUGUCCAGGGAUUUGGCAAUGUUGGUUCGUUUGCCGCUAAAUUUGUGCACGAGGCAGGCGCUAAAGUGAUUGGCAUCCAGGAGUUCGACUUUUCCCUGACCAACCAGGAUGGUAUUGAUAUUAAUGAUGUUAUUGCAUUCAAAGCUGAAAAGAAAACCAUCAAGGGGUAUUCGAAGGGCAAGGAGACCAAGGAAAGUCUGCUCACUGCGGAUUGUGACAUAUUGAUGCCUUGUGCCACACAGAAGGUGAUUACUAGUGAUAAUGCAAAAGACAUCAAAGCUAAAUUGAUACUGGAGGGAGCCAAUGGGCCUACGACACCAGCUGCUGAGAAAAUUCUGUUAGAGAAGGGCGUCCUGAUGGUUCCAGAUAUUUAUUGCAAUGCAGGCGGCGUCACCGUCUCCUAUUUCGAAUAUUUGAAGAAUAUUAAUCAUGUGUCCUAUGGAAAGAUGAACUCGAAAAUCACUUCACAGCUCAUUCAUGGGGUCAUUAAUUCCAUAAACGAGUCGCUUAACCGCUGUGAUGAGGGUGAAUACCCCGAAAUCAUCCCGAACGAGCGCCUCCAACAAAUUCGAGAUUGCACCAGGGAGGCUGACAUUGUGGAUGCUGCCUUACAAACGGUUAUGGAGUCAUCUGGCAUUGGAAUCAAAAGUACAGCCAAUAAGUUCGAGCUGUGCAACGAUCUGCGCACUGCUGCCUAUAUACAUUCCAUAUUUAAAAUAUUCCGUGCCUUAGAGAGCUCUGGCAUAUCGCAACAAUAGAAUUUUCUCUUUUCCUUGUACCUAAUGUAACAUUUUCAAAAUUUCCGUGUUAUUGAGGAAUUUAAUUCGUUUAGUGUAAUGAGCUUUAGCUUUAGAUUCCUUCUAAUAUAUCAAUUAUGAGUAA